GUUUUAAAUUCAUAUUCCCAAGUAAUUUGUCAUGUUACAAGAUAUUUUUUGUGAAAAGCUAUAUUGGAAAUUUAUGAUAAAUUCUUCAAAAGUCACACCUUCUGAAAGUGAAACAGUAAAAAUUGGAGUUGACACGCAACAUGUAAAUCUUUUUAUUGGUGUAACUGAUCAAAUCAAAAUAGACGCUGACUUGAUAAAUGAAUCAGUUGAUACUUUUCAUGAAAAAAGCAAUGAAUAUUGCCGAUCAUUUACAGUGCAUGGAUUAUCAAGAGCUCUAACGGGUAAUUUAUUUGAGAAAUUGUUCUGGGGGUUAAUAAUGUUGUUCAGCUUAUGUAUAAUUAUAUAUGGAAUAUCGACUUUGGUUAUUAAGUAUAAAAGAAAUGAUGUAUACAUUCAAUUUUAUGCUACAGAAUAUUCUGAAGCAGACACACCAAUUUUCACUGUAUGUCCAUAUGAGGUUGACAAACGAGGAACGUGUAAUUUAACAAAUAAUUGUCGUAAAAAUGUUACUUUUAGUCAAUUAUUUAUUCCAAAAAACAGUUCUUACAGUUGGCAUAAUGAUAUAAUAAGUAUUGUUGUUGACGAUUAUUCAAAAAGUUCAGUCAAGGCUGGCGUUCAGAUUAGCGAUUACAUAAAAAAAACUUAUCACAAUUGUGUCCGAUUAAGUUUAAAUUUUUUUAAUACAUUGUCAUCUACGUCUAAUGGAAUACGCGUGUACACAAUUUAUCCAGAAAAUUAUUUAGAAAUAUUUGUUCAUGAUUCAGACGAAGAAUAUCCUUUUUUGCAAAGUAAACCAGUUUUUAUAGGAUCUUAUGAAAGUGAUGACAUAAAUAUUGAACUGAAGAAGUAUAAACGAUUAAAACAACCAUUUGCUUCUAACUGCAGUCAGAGUUCAGAUUCGAUGAUCUUUCCGGGAAAAUACUCGAAACUAAAAUGUAUAGAAUCUUUGAAAUGCAUUAAUUCGUUUCAGGCCUGCGGCAACAGUUAUGAUUUUUGUAAAAAUUUUUUACCAAAAAAUAUAUUCGAUAACAACAGUUCAUCGGUAUACGAUAUAAACAAUUUAACUGAAUGUUUGAAACUAGAAUAUGAAAAAAAAUACGAUCAUGAAUGUGCUUUACCUUGUGAUGAAAAUGUUUAUACUGUUAUAUCAUCUUUUACUAGUAAUUGCGAUUGGCUCAAAAAUAAUGCUAGAGAGAUCUGGAUUGAUUAUCCAAUAACUCCUUAUUACCACGUGUUUAUAGAAGCACCAUUGUAUCCUUUUAUUCAAUUUAUAUCUGAAUGUGGGGGGUUGCUUGGUUUUCUUACAGGAAGUUCACUUAUCUCUUUCAUUGAAGUUUUGGUAUUUUUUAGUCUAAUUGUGUUAAAAAAAAUAAUUAACAUAAAAAGCAAAAAAGAAGAAUAACUCUUUUUUAUAUAUUUUGUUGUUUGUUAAUUUAGUUAUAUUUUUUACUUUUUUUUAUAACUGUAAUAGUUUUAAUCUAGAGUGGUGUAACUAAACCAUA